AUGGAACAGUCCCAGUCUAAUAGCAUGAUUGACUCCGCCUUUUGCGCCAUCAAAUGGGCCCAUGAUAUGACCGGUGACCCCUCCCCGACUGACAACCCUGCAGUCGAGGCUGUCAGGUUAGCAUCCAUAAGAAUCCCUGGCACUGCCACUGUCAACCGUAAGGAACCUAUUUCUUGCGACUUAAUCCAAAAAAAUCGUAAGCCACUCUUACUUGGAUAACCCGGUUGAUUUACGGAAUGUUUCUAGGAAGGUUAUUGUUUUACUGCCUCUUGUAGGUUUGAUGGCCUUUUAAGAGUAAGAAUAGCAAUAUUUCUUUUAGAGAAGGUCUCAUGGUUUUUCGAGUGCAUAAAAGUAAGAGCGACCAGCACGACGCCACCAACGAAAUGAUGAUUUCCGAGCUAUCUAGCCUUGCGUAUCCUGUUAAA